AUGGCGGCCACUCGGAUGCCGCUGAUGGACCGACAGCUUGCUGACGGACAUUUCUUCGGCGGUCCACCGUUGGCAGCCACCCGCGGCCCGACGUCGGUGCCGCCGGUGGACCAUCGCAGAGAGGAGCUGGUGAAACGCCGGAAUGAGCUGACCAAAGGUGGACCAGCUGCAACAUGCCUUGAUGACGACCGUGCGUUGUGUUCAAGCAGCAGCCAAGAAGAGACAGUCAUGGGGCGUGGAAAGCGAUCGGUGAAGAGGAAGAGGUUUACCAGUGAUGAGGAGUCUGGAAGUGAGGAGGAAGUUACGCGGCAGCCUCGUAGGAAGAAGCCUCCCGCCGACCUGGGCUACAACAGGAUUGUAGCCCAGCUAGGAGUCCAAUUUGACGACCAAGAUAAUGAGACAGAUGUCGCCUGCUGCAAUGCCAACAGACAAGUGGCAACUUUAGAAAAAGAGAAUAACGCCCUCAACAUCGAGAAGAAAGCAUUAGUGAAAACCCUGUCCCUAAUAAAAUAGAGCCGAAUCUGCAGGGCAGCCUGAAUCAACAAUGCAAGAGAACCAGCUGGGUUGUUCUGUCACAACCCCAUGCCAGACACCAGAACCUCGGCCUGCAGGACUAAUCACCCAUGAAAUGCUGUUAAGAUGUAAUACAAGGGACCCACAGAAGUUGGUCAAUGAUUUGCUGUCCUGUCUAUGUACAGAUGAGUACUUAGCGACUCAUUCAUUGACAGGCAGCAAAUCGGUCCAUCAAGGCGACCUAACCAAACAAAAGGCAGCAAUGGACAUAGACAUGGUUAAUGCCAUUAUGGAAUGUGUGAGAGCCAGAUUUAUGGAUAGGAAGCCAGGCGACAUCAAAGGCUACAUCAGAACUAAACUGAACAAUGUGUCAAAUCGCCUGGCAAAGAGGAGACCAGAUCAGUA